GGUCAUUUCCGCCCUUUACCUGCGUCUCAGUUGCGCCGUUUCUGCCAGUCUAGAGUGUCUCCGCCUUCCUGCGUACCUCGCUCCGAGCGACUGGUUCCUCAGGGGGCCGGGGCAGGUCUGAUGACCGCGAGUCCCAUGGCCUCCAAGGCCCGCCGCCGGCGCCGAGAGCGUCGCUUCCGGCGGUACUUGUCUGCGGGCCGGCUGGCCCGGGCCCAGGCCCUCCUCCAGCGGCACCCCGGCCUGGAUGUCGAUGCUGGGCGGCCCCCGCCACUGCACCGGGCCUGUGCCCGCCACGAUGCCCCCGCCCUGUGCCUGCUGCUUCGGCUCGGGGCUGACCCUGCCCGCCGGGACCGCCACGGAAACACGGCGCUGCACGCUGCCGCCCGCCGGGGGCCUGGGGCCUACACGGACUUCUUCCUGCCGCUGCUGCGCCGCUGUCCCUCUGCCAUGGGAAUAAAGAACAAGGAUGGGGAGACCCCCGGGCAAAUUCUGGGCUGGGGACCCCCCUGGGAUUCUGCCGAAGAGGAGGAGGAAGACGAGGCGUCCAGGGAGCACCAGUGGAGGCAGAAGCUGCUGGGAGAGCUGGAGGACGAGUGGCAGGAGGUCACUGGCCGGCUGGAAGACUAUGAGGCCCAGGAACCCGAGUCCUUCUCCGCCUGGUCAGAUCGCCUGGCCCGGGAGCAUGCCCAGAAGUGCCAGCAGCAGCGCAAGGCAAAGGGAGCCCGCCGGCCCGCCCGGACUGAGGGCUCCAGUCUCAGCUGGCGGCGGCAGGAGGAGGAGCGGAGACUCUUCCAAGAGCGGGCCAGGGCCAAGGAGGAGGAACUGCGGGAGAGCAGAGCCAGGCGGGCGCAGGAGCAGGCGCAGGAGGCUCACAGGGCCCAGCCCCCCAGGGGAGCAGGGAGGGGCAACCUCUGGCGCUUCAAUGACGUGCCCUGGCCCUGCCCUGGGGGAGGGGACCCGGAGGCCAUGGCGGCAGCCCUGGUGGCCAGGGGUCCCCCCUUGGAGGAGCAAGAGGCUCUGAGGAGGGCCCUGCCUUUUUCCACUGCGGUGGUUUUCAUCGCCCAUGACAUCUUUCCCGCCCAUCUGCCGAACCCACAGCUCUACACACCUGUGACCCGCACGCACACGGCCGCGCCUGCACUGGACGCUAGAGGCCCGCCGGCCCAUUCCCAGGCUGGCCCUGAGCAGGCCGGCGCGCCCUCCCGUCUCACUCUCUCCCUGUGCCGGGCUCCCCUCGGGACCCACACCCGCAGAGAGUGAAGAAGUAACAUGGACUCACUCUAGUCAAGCUGCUCAGUCACUAAAGCCAAGUUGACUGAGGCCUGAGGCAACGAUUCUGUGCUCAUUUUAACCAGUCUGGGAGCGUAAACUUCGGAAUUUUCCCGGCCUGUGUCAGCGCCUCCUAAUACCCCCGAUGACCCCUGGAGGCCUCACUACGCCUUGACCUGACAUCCAUCACCCAGACACGGUGUGACCAGACCACCUGGGUCUGACGGCGCCCUCCCGGACGGUGGGUCCUGGCUAAGCCUGCAGGACCGACCAUUCUCCAGAGUGCACUCGUACCAGGAGGACGCUUAACUUCCUUCUUACUCGGAAACACUGCUGGGGUUUUGCCUAGUUAUGCUUCCAGUUUGCAAACCUGUGAAUAAAUCUUUAUCGUGUCUUUCUA